GUCGCAUGAUACGCUAUACGCUAUACGGUCAUACGAGCGCACAUUGGAUCGGAAGUUGUGAAAGUGAGGCUCGAGCUGGCUGGAGGGCGAGAGGCGUGAAGGCUUGUGGCGGGCGAUGGCAGCGACGCGUUACAUCGAGCACAGUUGUUGUGCGUGGAGAAGGAGAAGCCCGAGAUGAAAGCGCAGCGACCAAUUUUCUGAUUCCGAUUCCGAUUGCGACGAGGUUCGAUUCGAGAGUCGGACGCGUUGCUGCGGAGCGAUCCGUGAAUGUUGCUCGUGACGUCAAGCGAGCGGGGGGCUCGUGUUUCGAACAUGGAGGCUCAAGUGGUGCUCGGUUUUCUGGGGUUGCGUGUGAUGCAGCCCUGAACCGUCGGCAGAGCUCCUCCUUUUUGUCCUGUAGGCUAAGUUCGCAUGACAUUGCCACCGGGGCUGGAUUUUGGCGUGAUUCUUGAAUCGGGGAUCGAUUUGGAGCCAGGAAUGAGAAUUGGCCCCUUCCGGCCGAGGACGAGGGAGUGAAUCCCUUUUGGAAUUAGCUCGAUUGGAGUUUCGUGAGCGUUGCUUGCAGAGUCGUCGCUUGCUGCGGAUGCGUUGAGCGAGGGAGAUGCUGCUCUAGCUCGGUUGGUGGUUGUUCUGAUGGCAAAGGAUGACGGGGCGAAGCGUGCAGUCACUUGUGCGAACGUUUUGCAUAAAUCGUGGUACCGGCUUCUGCAAAUUUCGAAGAAGAAGAAGAGGUCGCAGAGACUGAAGAAGGACAAGGGAGUCACGAACGACGAUGAAGGUGCAGGGGAGAUGGCAAUACCCGAGCAUCUGGUGGAAACCAUUCUGUCGAGGAUUCCGUAUCCACAUGUCUUUAAAACCCGCUUUCUUUCGAAGCAGUGGUAUGCCAAGUUUCCAGUUGAUGACGGUGACGAGAAUUUUCCCACCCCUUUUCAAGAAACAAUCAAAUCUUCGUCGACUAUGUGGCCCAGCUUUUGCCCCGUUUACUUGAAUCCCGCGGGUUCGCUCAUUGGGUUCAAUAGCACCACGAAAAGCUGGCAGGUUAUUUCUGUCUCGGCUUCUGUUCCAAGCAUUUUGUUCUAUCCGAAUGCACGGCGGGAGAGAAGAUUGUAUUUCGGAGGAUCCCUUCUCGCCAUCCUUGAUUGCGGUAUCUGUCAAAGACCAACUGCCGAUCAUCACCUCUUUGUGAUGAACAUUCAAAGUGGAAGUUGGAGGGAGAUUGCAGUGUCUGAGGACAGACGAUUGGGCAUCAACACUUAUCUGCUUCUGAUUAACGAGGUUGGAAUGGAUGGCUAUAAAGUCUUGGUGAAUCAGUACUACAAUAGCAGCAGCUCUCCUUUCAAAACAGAUGUUUAUGAGUCCAACUCCGCUGGUUCGUCAUGGACAACCUCAAAUUACAGGUCAGAAUUUACCAACUCGCCAACAGAGUUUUCCGAGUAUUGUCUUUAUCAUGAUGGCAAUCUUUUCUGCAUGGAGCCCGAAGGCAAGGUUGGUCCCAUCGAACUGGUGGAUCUUGUUGAUCCUGAAGUGGUGAGGUUAUGGAAGUUCAACUUGAAAAUGGGUGUCUGGACAGAGUCCGCGCACACUAUUCAACUUCAUGGGAAGGCAUGGUCAGUCGGAGGUGUGUUUCGCUGUGGCUCCAGACUCAUGCUUGCAGUAAUUCAUGAAGAACCUGAAAUAGAAACGGAGAUAGAAACAGAUAUUGACGACAUCGAGGAGUCGUGGGAGUAUAUCGAUAGUUUGAACCUCAGGCCAAGGGCAAGAAUAUACGAAAUCAAUGCGGAACGGUUGGACUUUGUCGAGGUUUCGAUCAGUCCCCUAGAUAUUUACCCAGGUAGCAUACUGAUGUCUGAUAGGCACUGCAUCUAUUUUGCUCAUGUUUUGUACAACAGAACUUCAGUUGCUUGUUACAACAUUCGUGAUGAUACCUGGAGUCGACUUCCUUCUCCACCACCAGACUUUUGCCGCAGCCCUAACCGAGCGCUAAGACGUCCAUUUAACCCUUGGGCAAGAUCAGCUUAUGAACCUGGAGUAAACCCCUUUGCUUCGACAUGAGUGAUAUCAUUCUCCUGCGUCCACUCCCAGGAGGACACUCCAACUUCCCAGGACGUCCUCGUGAGGAGCCAUGAACCGUCUGUCCUAGGAAGCAUGGGGGGGGGGAGGCUCUACAUCGAUGGUGUUUUCAUAAUGGUGUGAAUCCAGGAGAAUGAUCUGCCUUGUAAAGCUAAGAACCUCCUUUGUAUUUUCUCUCUCCUUCUAAACUGUGUAAGUACCCGAUUGUGAAUAAAAUAGCUUUUGUGAAUG